CCUCUCAAAAAAAAAAAAAAAGAAAAAGGAAGAGACAAGGAAGUCCAAAAUCUGUGUGGUUUCAGGAGACUGAAGAUGAAGCAAGGAAAAAGGUCAAGUAUGGAGGCCUGAAGUAGGACAUAAUGGUUGGCUAUGGCAUUCAGGACCAUUGGAGGUCUGAGACAAGAUGGGAUUCGGAUUGGGCUUGUGAGGCAUUCUCUGGAUACCAUAUGUAGACUGGCAUAUGGUGAGGCCACAUAUAUGUGCUAUGGUGUAGGGAGGAUGGUGGUAUUGCGGAGCCAGAUAUGUAGGAGGAGACUGGUACAGUGUGUGUGCACAUUGGGAAGGAGUAUGAAUUAUGGCCCCAGAGACCUUAUACUGAGGAUUUAGGGAAAGCAGUUACCUAAAUUUGGUUGUACCUGAGAAGCAUGAGCUGAGGGACCCCAUGGGAAUUGUCUGGCAGGAGAAGGGUGAGGCUCUGCAUACCAGACCUAGAGUUUAGAUGAACCCUGGCCACCUGCCCAUUGUUGCUGAUGGCUGACUAACAUGUCUAUGAGGCCAUGAAGAGAAAGCAGAUAUCAGUGUACCAGGGCCUGGUAGUUUCUCAAUGGUGAGGGGCUAGGGAGGAAGAUGAGCAAGGCUGGAUGUCCAGGAGGAUUCCUACAGUCCCAGGGAGGGAGGCUUCAUAUAAAUAACUUUCUGGCAGGACCACAUGACUUUUGAAGAUGUGUCUGUCUACUUCUCCCAGGAGGAGUGGCAAUUACUUGAUGAGGCUCAGAGGCUCCUGUACUACAACGUUAUGCUGGAGAAUUUUACACUUGUGACCUCUCUGGGACUUACAUCUUCCAGGACCCAUGAAAUUACCCAAUUAGAGCCAUGGAGAGAGCCCUUCAUGCCUUCCAGGAGAAUCAUAACUCCAGCUAUGCCAGGAGGUUAUUGGCACAAAGUGGAGGCUGAGGAGACACCUUUGAUAGAAAAAGUGUUCACUGCAAAUCUUCACCAACACCAGAAGCAGCACUGUGGAGAGAAACUCUUAGAAAGAGAAGAGAACAGGGUCCCACUUUUGAGGAUCUGUAGAACCUAUCUGUCAGAGAAGCCCUACCAAAGCAAAGAAGGAAAGGACUUCCCAACCAACUCAGGUCUUCAGAUGCACCAGGUGCCUCUUGGUGGAGGAGAGUUACGCAGGAACACCAAAAAUAGAGAGUCCUCUCACUCUGGAAAAAGGCACUACAAAUGUAGUGAAUGUGGGAAAGCUUUUGGUCAGAAAUAUUUACUGGUUCAGCAUCAGAGACUUCACACUGGAGAAAAACCUUAUGAAUGCAGUGAAUGUGGAAAAUUAUUUAGCCACAAAUCCAACCUUUUUAUACACCAAAUAGUUCACACUGGAGAAAGGCCUUAUGGGUGUAGUGAAUGUGGAAAAUCCUUUAGUCGCAAUGCUGACCUUAUUCAACACCGAAGAAUUCACACUGGAGAGAAACCUUUCACAUGCAGUGAAUGUGGAAAAGCUUUCAGGCAUAAUUCGACACUUGUUCAGCAUCACAGAAUCCACACUGGAGUAAGGCCUUAUGAGUGCACUGAAUGUGGGAAACUCUUUAGUUUCAACUCCAGCCUCAUGAAACAUCAGAGAGUACAUACUGGAGAAAGACCAUAUAAAUGCAGCAAAUGUGGGAAAUUCUAUAGCCACAAGUCCAGCCUGGUUAAUCAUUGGCGAGUUCACACUGGAGAAAGGCCUUAUGAAUGUAGUGAAUGUGGGAAGUUUUUUAGUCAAAGCUCAAGCCUCAUGCAACACCGAAAAAUUCACACUGGAGAGAAGCCUUUUAAGUGCAGUGAAUGUGGGAGAUUGUUUAGUGAGAAUUCCAGCCUUGUUAAGCAUCAGAGAGUUCACACUGGAGCAAGACCUUAUGAGUGCAAGGAAUGUGGUAAAUUUUUUCGUCAUAGCUCCAGUCUUGUUAAACAUCGGAGGAUUCACAAUGGAGAAUUACCUUGUGAAUGCAGAGAUUGUGGGAAAUCCUUUAUACAGCAUUUCAACCUUACUCAGCACCAGAAAGUUCACACUGGAGAAAAGUCUUGAAGGCAGCAAAUGUGAGAAAGCCUUUAGUUGCACCUCCAAUUUCAUUCAGCAUUAGAGAAUUUACAGAACUGCAGUGAAUGGGGAAAAGGCUUCAGCCAAAGGCCUAACCUUGUUUAGCACCAGAAAGUUCAGACUAGCAAGAGGCCUUAGGAAUGCAGGGUAUAUGCUAUCUCUUAGUUAUUAUAACAUAGAAACAGAAUAGCCUCGGGUCCAGCAGGUGGCAUGGUGGUUAAAGGUGCUGGACUCCCACAUGGCUGACAUGGUUCGAGUCAUGGACCUGGCGGCUUCCUUUCUUUUC